GGCUGGGGCUGGAAAGGUUUCUCCAGCCUGUUCCUCUUUGUGGAAGAAAUGGUGGUGGAAAUAUGUGGCUUCUUUGGAGUAUAUCUACUAUACUGCACCAACCCCCGUUACCAGGGACGGAUCUACAUUGGCUUCACUGUCAAUCCCGAACGACGCAUAGACCAACACAAUGGUGGAAAGCGGCGUGGUGGGGCCUGGAAGACAAGUGGACGUGGGCCAUGGGACAUGGUGUUGAUUGUUCAUGGUUUCCCCUCUGAUGUGGCUGCUUUACGCUUUGAGUGGGCCUGGCAGCACCCUCACUCCUCCCGCCGUCUCACCCAUGUCACCCGCCGCAAAACACGGGAGCGUCAGUUUGACUUCCAUUUGCGUGUCUUGGCCCACAUGCUGCAAACUGCCCCAUGGUGCCGUCUGCCCCUCACCGUACGAUGGCUCAAGCAGGAGUACUGCCGAGAGUUCCCUCCAGGCUUGGAACCCCCCUUACACAUGCCCAUAGCCUUUGGGCCAGUUCGAGCUGUCAAAGACAGUAAGCAUGAUGAACCAUUAUCUCCCGAGGAACAAGUGGCGAUCACAAAACAUUGUAGUGUCUGUCUGAAGACCUUCCAGGAUGGGGACGAGGACAUUCCCUUGCACUGUUUUCAUUCAACUUGUACCAUGGCUGCUCAUAUAUUUUGCCUGUCUCGUCUUUUCCUGGAAAAGGAGCCUAAUCAUAUCCUGCCCAUUGAAGGGCAGUGCCCAGGCUGCAAGAAUCUUAUCCUUUGGGGAGAUCUGAUUCGUCACCAUAAAGGUUGCUAUGGUAACUUAGAGGCUGAUCCCUCCUCCUCUCAGAAGCACUGGGCUGAUGAACUGCAACCGUGAGGGAGAAGACCUUUAAAAAGUGACCAGGAUCUAUUUCCUUGCUGAGAGUUGAUCAACGGAUCACAACAUGGUGCACAGUUCAGCUUCUCUUAGUCUGAUGUCCAAAAGUCUAGAAAACAGCUAAGAAAGGCUGGGUUUUCUGCUCAUGUUUUCCACUCCAGAAUCAUGUAACAAAAUCAUGUUUAAUGUUAUUAAGUGGAAUAAUUAAAUUGAACAACCUGGAUGUUUAUGGAUUGAGAGACAGGAAUCAUGCUCAAUAAACUUAAAAUGAGGAUGUAAAUAAUAUAGCUAUUGUUUUAUAUUGUAUAUAUAGUGCAUUGAAUGCUUAAGUGGAUUGUAAAAAAAGACACUCUUUGGAACGCAGAGAGAGAUUCUUGAGAAAACACAUUUCUGAUUGUAUAUGGUCUUUUUCUCAUUUAUGCAAAGCAUUUAACAAACACUUUCAGUAAUUCUUACAACUUUCUUUUUAGCUUGGCAUUAACCAAAUAUUGCAGAUGAGAAGACUGAAUGCAUAGUAGCUUGCCUAAAACCUCUAAAUUAAUGAAUUAAAAGUCCAUCAGUUGAACCAUCAAGGUAGAAUUAUGUUUUUAAUGAAGUUAACUGACAUGUCUUUGUUGAUUAUGAUAGUGUACAAAAUAAACUUGAAAGUUUGUAUCAUAAAGAUAGCAGUUAUCUCAUAUAUGCUAAAAAGGCAGCCAUAGAAAAUGAAGAAUAUAUAAAAGACUAUUCCUAGAAAAUAAAUAUUCCCCACAUAAUGGCCAUAAGAUUUGAAGUUAUUCCAGAUUUUAUCUGUGGUGUACUGUUUUUAAAAAGGAUCCAGCUUUGAAGAAAAGUCAAUUUUUUUCCUCUGAUGUGAAAUAUAUGCACUUAGUUAGAAUAGGAUUUUAAGAGCCUGAAAAGCCAAAAUGAUUUGACAAUAUAUUAGAACAGAUGUUUGUCUUUGUGAAAAUUAAUUUAUGAAUUCUGUAAUCAAGUAUCUCUAAGCAGUUUUUAGACUGUUUGUAAAAAGGGAAAACAACUUAUUAUGUAAACAAAUGUUGCACUGGUUUUCUACUGUACAGAAUAAAAAAUGAAUCGUUAAAUAGCCAA